UACAAGUCGGACAAUGACGUCUGUGCCUGUAAGUUAUACACUACGGGAGGGAGGGAGAGGUGGGUGGAGGAGGUGGAGGAGGAGGCGAUGAUGGAGGGAGGGUUGGUUGACACCCUUUGCAACAAACCUGCCUACUGUAACAAAGCCAGGACACAACCAGCCGCUGACGGGCCGUGAUGCUGCGCUGUUUUGGGGAUAAAUAACUUUUUUAAAUUACAAAAUAUUUUUAAGGUAAACAAUGUAGUCUUUGCAUUCAGUUCAUGGUGAACACAGUUGAAGUUGGAUCCGAAACAGAAACAGCAUGUGAAUAUGUUGGAUACGUUAUUUUGCCUGGUAUUUUUUUAAUGCACCAAAGACAUACGCAGGAUCCCCCAUCAUGGAUACUACAUGGGAGGGAAUUAGCCCAGCCAAUACAAGAGCUCUGUUACUGGCAUGUGUUACUCUGCUGUUGUUCCUCCACCUGUGGCGCUGGCUCCAGCGGCAGCGGUCGGACCCCGGCCCGCCCGGCCCGCCCGGUCCGUUCGCCUGGCCGUUCGUCGGGAACGCUCCGCAACUUGGCAACGCGCCGCACCUGUAUUUCGCCCGCAUGGCAAAGAAAUACGGCAACGUCUUCCAGAUCAAACUGGGCUCCCGGACCGUGGUGGUGCUGAACGGGGUCUCCAUCAAGCAGGCGCUGGUCAAGCAGGCACCGGAAUUCGCCGGCCGACCGGACUUCACCUCCUUCCAGUACAUCAGCAACGGGAACAGCCUCGCGUUCGGCACCAUCACGAACUGGUGGAAGAUGCACCGCAGAGUGGUCCAGUCCACCGUGCGCAUGUUUUCCACCGGGAACCCGCAAACCAAAAAGGCGUUUGAGCACCACGUUCUCUGCGAGGUCAAGGAGCUGCUGCAGCUGUUCGUGGAGAAAACCAGGCGGCACCAGUACUUCCAGCCCAUGACGAACCUCGUGGUGUCCACGGCCAACAUCAUGAGCGCGGUGUGCUUUGGGAAACGGUACUCUUAUGAGGACGAGGAGUUUCUGCAGGUGGUGGGCAGGAAUGAGCAGUUCACCAAAACGGUGGGGGCAGGGAGCAUAGUGGACGUGAUGCCCUGGCUCCAGUACUUCCCCAACCCCAUCAAAACCAUAUAUGACGACUUCAAGCUGCUUAACCUGGAGUUUAACGCGUUCAUUCGAGACAAAGUUCUCGAACACAGAAAGAACUUCCAGUCGAGCGUCAUCAGAGACAUGACUGACGCCUUUAUACUGGCGAUGGACCAGCUGAGAGACACAUCGGGGCUCUCAUCGGGGAAGGACUAUGUGGCCCCCACAAUGGGGGACAUAUUUGGAGCGAGUCAAGACACCCUGUCAACUGCACUGCAGUGGAUCAUCCUCUUACUUGUCAAGUUCCCCGAGAUGCAGGCGCGUCUCCAGCAGGAGGUGGGCAAGGUGGUGGACCGCAGCCGGCUGCCCUCCAUCGAGGACCAGCUGCAGCUGCCUUAUGUCAUGGCCUUCAUCUACGAGGUGAUGCGCUUCACCAGCUUCGUGCCGCUCACCAUCCCCCACUCCACCACGACGAACACCUCCAUAAUGGGCUAUGCCAUCCCGAAGAACACGGUCGUCUUCGUCAACCAGUGGUCCAUCAACCACGACCCGGCCCUCUGGGCCCACCCGGAAACCUUCGACCCCCAGCGCUUCCUGGGCCAGGACGGAGCGCUGAACAAGGACCUGACCAGCAGCGUGCUCCUCUUCUCCCUGGGCAAGCGGCGGUGCAUUGGUGAGGAGCUGUCCAAGCUGCAGCUGUUCCUCUUCACCUCCCUGAUCGUCCACCAGUGCCACAUCACCACGGACCCGGAUCGGCCGGUCAAAAUGGACUUCAGCUAUGGCCUGACUCUGAAACCGCACGCCUACUCCAUAGCAGUGACUCUGCGUGAAGAUAUGAGGCUGCUGAAUGCGGCUACCAGUCCCUGAGGAGGUCAAGGUCCAGCCGUUAUUAGACUCUUAAACAGAAAAAUAUAUACAUUUAUAAGCAAAACAAAUGAAAGUUGAAACACAAAAGACUAAUGAACUAUUGCUCAUUUAUAAGCUGAAAUCUCAGGCUAAAUUCUUAUCACAGAUUCCUGACAAAUCUUUAAGAAAUAUAGUGCCAGGAAGGAACAGAUGUGGCAUCGGUUUCAUAGGAGCAUUGCUGCAAGAAUCAAUUGAUAUGCAUCUUCGCUUUCAAAUUAACAGGUCACCAAUGUCAGCUUUUCAGGAAUCCCUACAAUUUGGCCGCCAUUUUAAUAAUGUUCUUCUCAACAAAGGGUUACCAUGUCAAACUUCCUGAAACGUGCGUUUGAUAAAAAGGUUGAACAAUCAGAGCCGGAGACGUUCAUUGUGACAAAAGGUCAGACUCGUGACCGAUGCAGUGAUUCUGCGCCAACAGGCAAAUAAGCUCAUGGAGUGCAUCAGCAUUUUUAGUCUAAUGUCUACCCACAACAUGUCUUUCAUACAUAUAGUGUAAAAGCUUAGUUACUUAGGAAUAAGGACUAUGAAAUGUCAAACACCAUUCUAAGUGGAAGGCUUUUCAUCGAACACACUCUGAAUCUACUGUAGAUGCCGUUUAGAAAAGGAUGAGGCAACGAGGUGUCGGGGUACGCCGAACAGACCUGCUGCGAGCAGGCCUUCUGCCUGUGCCUGUGAUCUGCUGUCCAAUGCCAGUGUGAGAAGACUAACAUUACAUCAGUGUUAUUUAGUUGCUUUUUUUGUUGCUGUUUUUGUUUUAAGUUUGAAUGUUGUAAAAUGCUGCUAUAUGGAAAACCUUUUCACUUCGUAAUUUAAUUCCCAUGCUCAAGAUGCCAGUACUCCCGUUCUCUAUUCUUCUUCUUUGUGUUCUUUUUUAUUUACAGACAUAUUUAUGCUGUCAGGUUGGGACACUGGGGAUAUAUAUUUAAUGUCUUCCGUAGACUCAUGUAAGCGCCGCUUCAGCACGAGAGACUAAUGCACUGA